AUGAAAUUAAGUACUGUCAGCUUGUUGCUUAUUCUAAGCAGUCAGGCAUGGAGCCAAUCAAUUAAAAUAAGGAUACCUGUCUGGGAUGCUUCCAGCUUAUUUACGCGCUUAACAGGAAUUCGAAUCAACUCAGGAUCUAACUCUAAUAACCAAAUCCCAUCAAAUGAAAAUAACAACCAGCAGAAUAACGAGUACAACGAUUAUUUAAACAACUAUUAUAAAAACUAUUGGGCGAAUGCAUACCAGAAUUUUGAUCCCUACGGAUACGGAUAUUUCGGACCAUAUGGACCGUACGGACUUUACGGACCUUAUGAUCUUGGUGAACUUCAAACUUCAACAAGCACGCAACCCACAACACCUUUUCCACCAACUACCACAACCACAACAAGUACUGCAAGCCCCACAACAGACUCUACCGCAACAAGUACUGCAAGCCCAACAACAGAUUCUACCACAACAAGUACUGCAAGCCCCACAACAGACUCUACCAAAACAAGUACUGCAAGCCCCACAACGGAUUCCUCCACAACAAGCACUAAAAGCCCCACAACGGACUCCACCACAACAAGUACUGCAAGCCCCACAACCGAUUCGACCACAACAAGUACUGUAAGCCCUACAACAGAUUCUACCACAACAAGUACUGCAAGCCCCACAUCGGAUUCCACCACAACAAGUACUACAAACCCAACAACGGAUUUCACCACAACAACAGUAAGUGGAACAACGUCCACAGGGAUUCCCACAACGGAUUCUACCACAACAAGUACUGCAAGCAGGACAACAGAUUCUACCACAACAAGUACUGCAAGCCCCACAACGGAUUCUACCACAACAAGUACUGCAAGCCCCAUAACGGAUUCCACAACAACAAGCACUGCAAGCACAACGGAUUCCACCACAACAAGUACUGCAAGCUCCACUACGGAUUCUACCACAACAAGUACUGCAAGCCCCACAACGGAUUCCACCACAACAAGUACUGCAAGCCCCACAACGGAUUCCACCACAACAAGUACUGCAAGCCCCAUAACGGAUUCCACAACAACAAGCACUGCAAGCACAACGGAUUCCACCACAACAAGUACUGCAAGCUCCACAACGGAUUUCACCACAACAAGUACUGCAAGCCCUUCAACGGAUUCGACCACAACAAGUACUGCAAGUCCCAUAACGGAUUCCACAACAACAAGCACUGCAAGCACAACGGAUUCCACAACAACAAGUACUGCAAGCUCCCCAACGGAUUCCACCACAACAAGUACUGCAAGCCCUACAACGGAUUCGACCACAACAAGUACUGCAAGUCCCAUAUCGGAUUCCACCACAACAAGUACUGCAAGCCCAACAACGGACUCCACCACAACAACAGUAAGUGGAGCAACGUCCACAGCGAUCCCCACAACGGAUUCUACCACAACAACAGUAAGUGGAACGACGUCCACAGCGAUCCCCACAACGGAUUCUACCACAACAAGUACUGCAAGCCCCACAACAGAUUCUACCACAACCAGUACUGCAAGCCCCACAACGGACUCCACCCCAACAAGCACUGCAAGCCCCACAACGGAUUCGACUACAAUAAGUACUGCUAGCCCCACAACAGAUUCUACCACAACAAGUACUGCAAGCGCCACAACGGAUUCCACCACAGAAAGCCCUGAAAGCCACACAACGGAUUCCACCACAACAACAGUAAGUGGAGCAACGUCCACAGCGAUUCCCACAACGGAUUCUACCACAACAACAUACUGCAAGCCCCACAACGGAUUCCACCUCAACAAGUACUGCAAGACCCACAACGGAUUCCACCCCAACAAGUACUGCAAGCUCCACAACGGAUUCUACCACAACAAGUACUGCAAGCCCCAUAACGGAUUCCUCAACAACAAGCACUGCAAGCCCCACAACGGAUUCCACCCCAACAAGCACUGCAAGCCCCACAACGGAUUCGACUACAAUAAUACUGCAAGCGCCACAACGGAUUCCACCACAGAAAGCCCUGAAAGCCACACAACGGAUUCCACCACAACAACAGUAAGUGGAGCAACGUCCACAGCGAUCCCCACAACGGAUUCCACCACAACAACAGUUAGUGGAACAACGUCUACAGUGAUCCCCAUAACGGAUUCUACCACAACAAGUACUGCAAGCCCCACAACGGAUUCCACCACAACAAGUACUGCAAGCUCCACCACGGAUUCCACCACAACAAGUACUGCAAGCCCUACAACGGAUUCGACCACAACAAGUACUGCAAGUCCCAUAUCGGAUUCCACCACAACAAGUACUGCAAGCCCAACAACGGACUCCACCACAACAACAGUAAGUGGAGCAACGUCCACAGCGAUCCCCACAACGGAUUCUACCACAACAACAGUAAGUGGAACGAUGUCCACAGCGAUCCACACAACGGAUUCUACCACAACAAGUACUGCAAGCCCCACAACAGAUUCUACCACAACCAGUACUGCAAGCCCCACAACGGAUUCCCCAACAAGCACUGCAAGCCCCACAACGGAUUCGACUACAAUAAGUACUGCUAGCCCCACAACAGAUUCUACCACAACAAGUACUGCAAGCGCCACAACGGAUUCCACCACAGAAAGCCCCACAACGGAUUCCACCACAGCAACAGUAAGUGUAGCAACGUCCACAGCGAUUCCCACAACGGAUUCUACCACAACAACAGUAAGUGGAACAACGUCCACAGCGAUUCCCACAACGGAUUCUACCACAACCAGUACUGCAAGCCCCACAACGGAUUCCACCUCAACAAGUACUGCAAGACCCACAACGGAUUCCACCCCAACAAGUACUGCAAGCUCCACAACGGAUUCUACCACAACAAGUACUGCAAGCCCCAUAACGGAUUCCACAACAACAAGCACUGCAAGCCCCACAACGGAUUCCACCACAACAAGUACUGCAAGCUCCACCACGGAUUCCACCACAACAAGUACUGCAAACCCUACAACGGAUUCGACCACAACAAGUACUGCAAGUCCCAUAUCGGAUUCCACCACAACAAGUACUGCAAGCUUUACAACAGAUUCUAUCACAACAAGUACUGCAAGACCCACAACGGACUCCACCCCAACAAGUACUGCAAGCCCCACAACAGAUACUACCACAACAAGUACUGCAAGCCCCACAUCGGAUUCCACCACAACAAGUAUUGCAAGCCCAACAACGGAUUCCACCACAACAACAGUAAGUGGAACAACGUCCACAGCGAUCCCCACAACGGAUUCUACCACAACAACAGUAAGUGGAACAACGUCCACAGCGAUCGCCACAACGGAUUCUACCACAACAACUUCCAGUGUGUCAAUCGUUAACAACAAGUACAGAAGGCAUCACAACAGAUUCCACCAUAGCCAGUACUACAACUACAAAUACUACCACAACAAGUACUGCAAGCCCCACAUCGGAUUCCAACACAACAAGUACUGCAAGCCCAACAACGGGUUCCACCACAACAACAGUAAGUGGAGCAACGUCCACAGCGAUCCCCACAACGGAUUCUACCACAACAACAUGUGUCAAUCGUUAACAACAAGUACAGAAGGCAUCACAACAGAUUCCACCAUAGCCAGUACUACAACUACAAGUACUGACGGCCCCACAACGGAUUCCAACACAACAAGCACUGAAAGCCCCACAACGGAUUCCACCACAACAAGUACUGCAAGCCCCACAACGGAUUCCACCACAACAAGUACUGCAAGCUCCGCAACAGAUUCUACCACAACAAGUACUGCAAGCUCCACAACAGAUUCUACCACAACAAGUACUGCAAGCCCCACAUCGGAUUCCACCACAAGAAGUACUGCAAUCCCAACAACAGUAAGUGGAUCAACGUCCACAGCGAUCCCCACAACGGAUUCUACCACAACAAGUACUGCAAGCUCCACAACGGAUUCUACCACAACAAGCACUGCAAGCACAACGGAUUCCACCACAACAAGUACGGCAAGCCCCACAUCGGAUUCCACCACAACAACAGGUGAAACAACUUCCACAGCGAUCCCCACCACAACAAAGAAGACCACAGACCCAUUAUGCAAAAUUUUUCCGCAUCUUCCGAUUUGUCAAUCGAAAAAUUCAGUGAACCUUGUAGAAAAUGGAUCUGGUUUAUCGGAUACCAAAACAUCAGACACAAUUUUUAACCCCGAACAACAGCUGGCAAUUACGUCGUUUCCUCAAUCAGUGACUUCUCUCUGUUACUUUUAUCCUCGUCUGUGCUUAAAGCCAGAGGAGGCCCAAUUCGUACGACUUGCCGAUGGAAAUGGAAAGCAUUUGUUGUUAAUUUCACAUGUCGAUGGACGAUCCGCUCACCCCCAACAGGAGCCUGCCUUAUGGAGAGCUAUAAGGAGAACCCUAGAAAAAAAAGGAAUAAAUAUUAUAAAAGGGUUACGAUAA